AUGGCUCACGAAUUUUUCGACUACGAUUCAGGCGAUCAAUCUGAAUUCACAGAUAAAAACUUCAAUGACGCUAAUUUUAAUGAAGAGAACCCAAUUCCUGUAGUUUUAGUUGAAGGGUUCAUAGGCCCAAGCAAACCUUCUUAUUGGGGUCCAAUAAAAUCUUUUUUUUCUAAUUCUUAUGAAGAUCAACAUUAUAAUAAAGCUGGUAUAGACAAGAAUGAGAAGAAACUAUAUCCCAAGACUAGACGUUGCAUUUUCGUAACACCUGGUUGUGGAAGUUCUUUACACGACAGAGCUGUUGAGAUUUUUUAUCAAAUUAAAGGUGGAAAAG